AUGGACGCCUUAUAUGAGAAACUCGACAGUCGAGAAGGAGAGAAGUUCGUCUUCCGCCUGGCGAAAGCGAGUCACCGCGCCACUCAGGACAUCGGGGUGGUGAAGUCCGUCAGGAACAGCGAGGGUGCAAUCCUGAAGAAGCCUAGCGAGGUCCAGCGAAGAUGCGUGGAGGAGGAGCACUAUCGUUCCAAUCUCAAGCAGAAGGGGGACGGAGUGUUCCAACCACCGGGAUAUCAGGUCGAAUGCUCUUACAAUGAAGCUGUACGAGCGGCUGGUCGACUCAUGUUUGAGAGAAUUGGUCCCAAUCUCACAGGAGCAGUUCGGCUUCAUGCCUGA